AUGGCCCUCCUGCUCUCGUCCCAUUGGGCAGAGCUGGCUGUGGGAAUAGCAGGUCUCAGGUCACAAGAGGUCUCUGCUGUGUUCCUUGAAUUUGGAAACUGGCCUCACAUCACCGUCUUUUGUCUCUGUCCACUAGUUGCCCAGAAGAUCGUUGCCACAAGGAAGAAGCAGCAGCUGUCCAUAGGCCCCUGCAAGUCCUUGCCCAACUCUCCCAGCCACUCAUCUGUCUGCUCCGCACAGGUGUCUGCCGUGCACAUAAGCCAGACGAGUAACGGAGGUGGCAGUUUAAGUGACUAUUCCUCUUCCGUCCCAUCGACCCCAAGCACCAGCCAGAAGGAACUUCGGAUUGACGCUCCUCCCACUGCCAACACCCCAACGCCCGUCCGCAAGCAGUCCAAGCGCCGGUCCAAUCUGUUCACUUCUCGGAAAGGGAGCGACCCAGACAAAGAAGAAAGAACCAAGGCCUUGAGAGCCGCCGCAAGACAGCAUCGGGAAGCCGCCCGAGCCAUCCAAUUACAGCUUUCCUCAGCCUCCAGGAGCGCAGAUGCCUUUGUGAACAGCCAGGAAUGGACGUUGAGUCGAUCGGUACCAGAGCUCAAAGUGGGAAUCGUGGGUAACUUGGCCAGUGGAAAAUCGGCCCUGGUGCACCGAUACCUGACGGGCACCUAUGUCCAGGAGGAGUCUCCCGAAGAUAUGGAUGCAGGUGGCAGGUUCAAGAAGGAGAUUGUCGUUGAUGGACAGAGCUAUCUGCUGCUGAUUAGAGAUGAAGGGGGCCCCCCAGAGGCACAGUUCGCCAUGUGGGUGGAUGCGGUCAUAUUUGUCUUCAGCUUGGAGGACGAGAUAAGCUUCCAGACUGUCUACCACUACUACAGUCGAAUGGCCAACUAUCGGAGCACCAGCGACCUCCCGCUGGUGCUGGUGGGGACCCAGGAUGCCAUAAGUUCCACGAACCCGCGGGUCAUUGAUGAUGCCAGGGCGCGGAAGCUCUCCAACGACCUGAAGAGGUGCACAUACUACGAGACGUGUGCCACAUACGGGCUCAAUGUGGAGCGGGUCUUCCAGGACGGUAAAUGCUCACUGCCGUGACUGUCACAGCUGCGUGCCGCAGGGGUACUUUAGGGAAAUAGCCUCCCGUGAGCAGGGGUCAGAGCCCCUUGCAUGGUAUGUGGGCAUCAGUGCUGUGACAUGCGGUGACUGUCAACUCUGUCCAGCUUUCACUGGUGCAUUCAGAAGAGACAACGGGACGCCUACUUUAAAACAGUCCUGGGUCGUUCUGUGUGUCAUGUUGUCUCACCUGUGUACAGGGUGAAAAACUCCUUGAGCUAUUAUUUAUCCAUGUGUUCUGUCAGCCUUUGAUGUGUAUU